UCCUGCGGCAGCGCCCACUUCCUCUGGAGCUCCGGCCCGGCGGAAGUGCGUCAGUUGUUAUCCGCUCCGGGCACCGCUGCUCUCGCGGCUGUCUCACGAUCCCGGCACUCAGGAGCUCCGCCGUCCGCCUCCGCCCCCGGCCUCCCGCCGCCGCCCGCCGGUCACCAUGCGGUGCUUCUUCCGGGACCCGGGCGAAGGCCGCUAAGCGCCUUGCGUCCGCCAGUGCAGCGGGUCGGGGGCCCCAGGCCGCGCGGCGCCCGGGGCUGAGCGCCCGCGCCCGGCAUGCCCGGCUCGGUCCUCCGUCCGGCCCGGCCUCGAGCCCGCGCGGCCAUCUCGCAGCCCGACGGCGCGGCGUAGCAGGCGGCGGGGGGCGCCAAGGUCACCGCCGCGGUGCCGCCAUGGAGGCCAAGGUCCGGCCGAGCCGGCGCUCGCGCGCUCAGCGUGAUCGCGGCCGGCGCCGGGAGGCCGCCCGCGACGCCCGUGCGCAGAGUCCGUCGUCAGGCGACGAGCCGGAGCCCAGUCCCGGCAAGGAGAACGCGGGUCUCCGCGGCGCGCCGCCCCCGCGCCCUGCGCCCCGCGCCGCGCGCCCCCCGAGGCGGCGACGCCGUGAGUCCAGCUCGCAGGAGGAGGAGGUCAUCGACGGAUUCGCCAUCGCCAGCUUCAGUACGCUGGAGGCCCUGGAGAAGGAUAUGGCGCUGAAGCCACAUGAGCGGAAAGAGAGGUGGGAGCGUCGCCUCAUCAAGAAACCCCGGGAGUCAGAAAGUUGCCCUUCUGCAGAGCCCAGCGAGAACAGGCAGUCCCUGGAGAUGGGCAGCCCAGGGCAGGACGUGGAUCCUCAGUGUGACGAUGGGGCCAGGAAGGUUCCACUACAACCCUCCAAGCAGGUGUGCUCCCCAGAAGGGGGGCCGCUCCCAGCCAGCCCUUGGCACCAGAACAGUCCGGCCCAGCAACAGCAACAGCUCCAGCCCAGCCAGCCCAGCCAGCCCCAGGGACCCCUCCCAGCCCCGUGUCAGCGCUGCCAGCCCCGUCGGGCAUCCCCGGACCCUAGGGAGCCCUGCCAGCCACAACGGCCACCCCAGGGUCAACACAGCUGGCCCCAGCGGUCACUUCUAGGCCUGAAACAGCCUGGCCAGCCCCGGCGGUCUCUUCUGGGCCCUGGUCAGCAUUGCCGGCCCCAGCGCCUGUUUCCAGCCCCAGAUCAGCUCUGCCAGGACCAGCAUUCACGCCUGGCUCAGCCCUGCAGGCCCUUCUGGGCCCCCCCAGGCCCCAGACUACGCAGCCAACGCCUGCGGUCCCUCCUCACCUCUUGUCACCUCUGCCGCCCGGUGCGGUCCCUGUUGCCUCCCUGUCACCCCUGCCGGCCCCAGAUGACUGAGUCACAUUGCUGCCAGCCUCUGCGGUCAUCAGCUACAUCAUGUGUUUGUGGCCGGCCCUUUGGGGCUGCCUCAGUUCAGUGCUGCCGGCCCCUGCGGGCCCCAGUAGCCCAGUGCUGGCAGUGCCAGCCUCCACAAUCACGCUUCAUCACGCACCCAUGCCACCAACCUUCCAGCUCCUUUGUUGGCCAGUGCUGCUGCCCCCGGCAGGCACUUCUAGCCCAUCGCCAGCACAGCCAGUGCAAGUCCCUUCUUGGCCAGCCCAGCUCCCCCCAGCAGUCACUGCAGAGCCUCAGACAACCCCAGCAAUCAGAUGAAGGCCCAGAGCAAACUGUCCCUCCCAAACCUUCCCUGCUGGGCCCCAGACAGUCACACCAACAGAAACGACCUCUCCUGAGCCCAGAGCAGUCUGAGACACCCAAGCGGCCACUCCUGGGCUCAGAAAAUCCCUGCCAACCCUUGUGGUGUCUUCUGGGCCCAGGCCAGCCCCGAAAACCGCAGCCAUUGCUUCCCAUUCCUGAUCGCCCUUCACUUCUAGGACAGCCAGGCCCAUCCUGUCAGCCUCUCCUGAGACCCCUGUGCCAUCCCAGAAGGCAGUCCUUGCUAGACCUGGUGCCCACCCGUCAGUCCCAGCCUUCACUCCUGACUCGGGGCCAUCCCUGUCGGCCCCUGAGGUCUCGGUGGACUCGGUACCCUGCCCCAGGGGCGCCCCGCCAUGCUCCAUCUGUAAGCCCUGGAGCCUGAUGCCAACAGGUACUUCCCUGGAUGAAUUUUGUAGGCCACCCUGGGUGAGCCUUGUUAGUGGGAUCCUUAGGGUCAACACCCCUGGCUCUGCAGGCUGGACAUGCUUGGCCGGACUGGCCUGAGGCUUCCACACAGGGCCUGGCUAAUUGUCACUUGAUACAAGGCAGGAACCUCAGCUGUGCUAAUCAGGCCUCUGUCCAUUCUGCCAGGAGCAGAGAGAUAAAUCCCGAAUCUUCCCCCUCUCCCCUGUCCUGCUUUCCCCAUGUGUGCUGCUUUGUGAUGUACAGCCUCUGGGAGAGGGCACACAGUACCCUCAGGGCUUGAAGCCCACCUGAGUCCCUCAGCAACUGUGCCUCUAAACUGCCAACACUGUCUCUGCAUCUCUGAGUCUCUGUAUCUCUGAGUCUCUGUACACGUGUGUAGGUGUGCAGGUAUGCAUGUGUGUCUAUAUGGAUGCCUGGGCAUGUUGGCAUGUGUGAUGGGCAUGUCAGUCCAGGACUCACUUGUCUGGGGGCCCGCCCUUUCUAGCCUCUGCACCAUCUGCUUCCAAGUAGAAUAGCCUAGGUGAACUGGUCAACAGGUGAACUCUUGAGCAGGUUUCAGGUUCCAGCCCUCUUCUAGUAUCCACCUGUGGGUUCUCCCACUGCAAGAUGGCUGAGAGCCAGGUUUUGCCACUCUGCCUCUAAGGGUUCUACCUUGGCCCAGUGGGCAACACUAGAAUAGCUAUAGAGUCUACAGGGCAAGUUUGGAAAGCCACCUUUGGGGGCCUUCUCCAUCCCUUGUCCUUGGCUGUGUUUGGUUCUGUUCUUGGCUGCCCUCAUACGGACAGGCCUCACCUAUAAAGGCUGUUCCUCAUAAAGGCUAUCCCCAUGCCUGCCAGUCCACAGCCUACCUGUAGUCAGGGUUGCCCACUCCUGUCCCAGAGCCCAUUCUCAGGUCAGCCCCACACUCAGCUCUCCUGGAGUCCCUGCAAGGGUGAACUCAAGAGGAAGCUGGUGUCCCGAGGAAGGGGGUCCUUCCUGAGACUGUGCCCAGGCCCUGUGGGAGCCCAGAACUGUGCUGUUCACAGGCAGAAGACUAGGGAUCCCUGGUUCCAGGCCCACACACCUACUAACCCUCAGCCUUUCCCUUCCCGCUUGGGAGGACCCUAGGCCCCGCAGCUCCAUCCCCCAGCCAUGGCAGCUCUGAGCUCUGCCCACCCUGGAUAGGCCCCUUUCUGGUGCUCACCUAAGGCCUCCAUACUAUGAAUUUGGGGCUUAUUUUUCUGAUUAAAGAAAAUAAAAAGUGCCAUGUGAUUAUUUUUAAUAGCAGUGUUAGUGUUUGUAAUUUAAAAAGAAUGUGUCUUCUAACAAGUGGGCUUCCACAUCUGGAUUUGGCUCUCAGUUCAUUAAAUCCUAAGCAAAGGAAGACCCAGGGGGCCCAUCCUGUACCACCCUGUUGGCCUUGCUAGGGAGGGGCCAUCUACCCCAUAUGUGUUCCCUGUGGAGGCAGAACCCAGGUUCCCUCUGAGCCUGCUCCACAGUGGCCGGCUGUAUGUUAUGUAGCAGUGUCCACUCAAGGGGGCUGUGUUCCCUUUGGCUGUGCAUUGGGGAACCUAGGAUUUGAAUCAAGGCCCAUGGCCCUGGACAGAACCUGACGUGGACUGCCCAUUUGGGGGAGAGUUUCUCUGGCAGCUACCACUGCCUUAGUGCCUGACACAGUUGUCUAGCUCUGUUGUGUACCAAGAGUAGUGAAGUAUGAACAGUCUCUCCUAAGAACACCACAGCCUGCCCCUCCCUGAAGACAGGGCUGGUAGAGUAUGUGUAGACCUGAAUGGGCCUGAAUGAGUCUGAAGGGCAAUGGGGUGGGGUGGGGGGCUUCUGAAUGGCCAUAGUAUUGGACAUUUCUGGGCUGGCAGUGUCCCUUGGUUGCUCUUGAAGGAUGGAAACAAAACUGACAGUGGGCAGCCCUGCAGGGAGAGAAGCCAGCUGGAUCCCUGUGACCUGAGCAGAGGUAGGAUACUGGACACUUGUUGAGGAGGCCACGUGGGCUCCAAUUGAACCUAGAGCAACUUAGGAAGCUAGGCCUUGAUCCCCAGUGUGCAGUUUCCCCUUGGGAGGUUAGACCCACCAGGGCAUGGCCCACGUGUGCCAUGUCCUUGAGUAAAUGUUUCCAUAUGACAACUGGUGGCCAGAGCAAUGACCCUGCCCUUGGGGUGGGAGUCAAGAGUAAACAAAACCAAAGUGGUGUCCUUCACUGGUGCCGAAUAUUUGGUGGUACAGGGAGUGGCUGGGCAUGAUGGUGCAUGCUUGUGGUCCCUCAUACUAAGGAGGCCGAGGGAAGAUUGUGGUUUAGGAUCAUGGGCAAGGUUGGUAGAGACCCUAAAAAACACUAAAAACAAAGGCCUGGCU